AUGGAGAGUUUCUAUGGUAACUGGAAAGUUCAGCUGGAGAAAACUGUUGGUGUGGCAGAGAUAGGAAAACUGUUGGGUUGGACAGAAGAAAAGCAAAAAAUGGUUUCGUCUCUAGAUUACACAUUGUUAGUAGAAGCCGCUGGAGACAAAACUAGAUCAUUAAUAGACUACGGGGCCAUAAAGCUGGAGUUUGUAUUCAAGUUGGGAGAACCUUUCGACUACACAGGGGCCGAUGGGACCAAAGCCAAGUGUACGGUGAGUGUGGAAGGCGGCAAGCUAGUGGAGAAUUACGUGACUGAUGAAGGCAUCAAGUGGCGAACUGAGAGAGUUGUUGACGGUGCAAAUAUGACAGCGACUACAACAUUUGAUGGACACCCCGAUGUCAAGUGUAUCCAACAGCUAAUUAAAGUGUAA